AUGAAAAUCGUGAUCGUUGGUGGUGGAUUGGGAGGAUUUGCAGUCGGAAUCGGUUUUCUACAGCAUGGAUACACAGAUGUUACAGUGUACGAACGAGACACAGGAAUGGACAGUCGACGUCAAGGCUAUGGAUUAACAAUUCUACAAGGAAUCAGUGCGUUGAAACGCUUAGAAGUAUUUCAGCAAGUACACUCGCUAGACACUCCUUCACGAUCACACUAUAUUUUUGACAAAUAUGGAAGUAUGAUCGGCUUUUUUGGAACUGUAUUUUGGCCAGAACAGGACAAUCAGCCCAAGGCCAGAAAGAAACAUAAUUUACACAUUGAACGACAGGAAUUACGAAGGAUUCUCAUGAACAGAUAUAUUUCAUUACAUCCACUUGGUUCCCAAGGUAUCCAAUGGGAUUAUCGUAUUAUCCAGAUUGACCGUGUCUUACGCAAAGUUUCAUUCGCCAAAGAUCAUACAGUAAAUGAUGUUGAUUUGGUUAUUGGAGCUGAUGGAAUCAACGGCUUAGUACGUUCUUUCAAAUAUGAUCCUCUUGUAGAUACCCCGCUUAAUUACUUGGGUAUAUUGGUGGUAUUGGGAAUUACUGGAAAUAUUGAUCAUUUUCUUAUAAAAGAUCGUGUAUUUCAAACGAUGGACGGGUGCUUUCGACUUUUUGCUAUGCCAUUUUCGAAAUCUAAACCAGAACAAUCCAUUAUGUGGCAACUUUCUUUUCCUACGACUUUAGCUUUAGCAACUGAAUUAUCACAAGAUUCAGAGGCAUUGAAGCAGAUGCUUCUGAAAAAAUGUUCUGAUUGGCAUUCACCAAUACCUGAAAUGAUCGAAAGAACACAACCAGAUCUGCUCAUGGGAAUUCCAGCAUUUGACAGAGAUCUAGUACCAAUGUCAGAUCCCAAAUUGAAUGGUACUCAAAUUGUACUUGUUGGCGAUGCUGCUCAUCCAAUGUCUCCUUUCAAAGGUCAAGGUGCCAAUCAAGCCUUGCUGGAUGCUGUUGAACUAGCUGACAUAAUUGCACAGAACAGUCAAGAUUUACAUUCAGCAAUCAGUCAAUAUGAAGAUCGAAUGCUACGGCGUGUCUACACAAAAGUCAUGCAGUCACGAGAACGAGUUACAAGCUUCCAUAGACCAGAAGCACUUUCAACACAGAACUUUCAAUACCGUGGUGUUAACGAAGAAUUGAUAGAAAGACUGAAUAGUCUUAAAAUAAAUGCACAUUGGAAUGAUCCGAUUGUUUCAAUUGAACAAGCCAUAAUUGACAAAUUGAAUGGUAAAUGA